UGUGCUUAGCCCUGUCCUUGCCCUCACUCCCCCACUCCCGGCCCUAGACCAUGCCCUAGGUAGGUGGCAGGCCACUCAGCCUGCCCUGAGAGGUCACAGUGGGGGAUGAGGGGGAAAACCGGGUCUUCACUUCCGCCCUGCCCGCCGGCUGCCCGCUGGGUGAGCUUGGCCAAGCCAGUGGCCUCCUGGGUGCCUGUUUCUCUCUCUGGUCCUGGCACCGCCUGCCAAAGAGAAAAGAUGUUUUUUCCAGUGUGUACCUUCCCUAGUUACUGGUUGAGAGGGCCAGGGGCAGUUAGCCAAGAGAGGCACUCCUUCCCAGGACGACACCAGACUCACGUUCUGGUGCCACUGACCACUCAGCUCAGCAGGGGCCCGGACCCCCUCAGCCAGCUGAUUCCUGAGACAACUCACCCCAACUGGGUGAGGCCUGACCCGCAGCGCUGGCCCGAGUCAUCGGGGAUGGAUUCCCUGCAAAAGCAGGACCUCCGGAGACCCAAGAUCCACGGAACAGUCUCUGUGUCCCCCUACCAGCCGCCCACGCUGUCCUCACUGCAGCGCUUGCUGUGGGUCCGUCGGGCCGCCAUGCUGAGCCACAUCGACGAGGUCUGGCCCAACCUCUUCCUGGGAGAUGCGUACGCAGCCCGGGACAAGAGCAAGCUGGCCCAGCUGGGCAUCACCCAUGUUGUGAAUGUUGCCGCGGGCAAGUUUCAAGUGGACACAGGUGCCAAGUUCUAUCACGGAAUGCCCUUGGAGUACUAUGGCAUCGAGGCUGAUGACAACCCCUUCUUUGACCUCAGUGUCUACUUCCUGCCUGUUGCCCGAUACAUCCGAACUGCCCUCAGUGUUCCCCAAGGCCGCGUGCUGGUACACUGCGCCAUGGGGGUGAGCCGCUCCGCCACUGUCGUCCUGGCCUUCCUCAUGAUCUACGAGAACAUGACACUGGUGGAGGCCAUCCAGACGGUGCAGACCCACCGUGAUAUCUGCCCCAACUCGGGCUUCCUCCGGCAGCUCCAGGUUCUGGACAACCGACUGGGGCGGGAGACGGGGCGACUCUGACCUGGUGGACAGCCAGGAACCCUGACCCUCUGGUUAGCGUGGCCCCACCCACCAGCCUGGCCCUGGGGACAGCAGCCUCUGCUGUUUCCUGUGACCUUGAGAUGAACUUAGCAAGUGGGGCUUAGCUGAGGCAGAGGCAGGGAGAGCUGGUUGGUUCCCUUUUAGCAGGUGGAUUUCCCUGACCCAAUCCAGAGAUUCUUUAUGCAAAAGAGUUCAGUCUGUCUCUAUAAUAAAAGGUUCAUCAUAAUAAAGAGACCUUCUGGUGG